GCAGUGUAAGUUUGUUACACUGAUGCUUACUUUUCAAGCACAGGCCUGAUUUUUCUCUGGUGGGAUGGAAUACUGGUGGAGCUUGGUGAAUGUUCUCACUUUUUGGGAACUGACUCAGAUGCCAUCAUACUAUUGCCUGGUGCGACAUAAACUGCCAGUUUUAUGGAUUAUGCCACUAAGCGGAGAUCCAGGGAGGGGCAACAUUACGGCAGAGGUGCUUCCUGCUGUUGAGCUAGCACUGCAUCAUUUGAGUGAGCAGCCAUCUCCUUUAGGCAACUACGAGCUUCAGUUUCACCUCACAGACUCACAGUGUGAUAAUGGCAAAGCACUCAAAGCAUUCUUUGACACUAUAUUCAAUGGCCCCAAACCUGUCAUGAUCUUUGGAGGGGUGUGUUCGUCAGUGACAUCUAUCCUAGCCCAGUCUCUGGAAGGUUGGAACCUUGUUCAGCUGUCGUUUGGAGUAACAGCACCUUCACUGGCCAACAAAAGAAGAUUUCCAAACUUCUUCCGUACUGUGCCGUCGGACAGUGCAGUUAAUGUGGCGCUGGUGAGGUUUCUCAGGCAGUAUGGAUGGAGCAGAGUCGGUACACUGACUCAGCGUGAGCAGAGGUCCACAGAGAUACAGAGAGACUUAAGCAGACAUCUGAAGGCGGCUAACAUCCAGCUUGCAGAGGCAGAGAGCUUCUUUGAAGCCCCUUGUGAUAGUGUGAAAAAACUGAAGGACAAUGAUGUGAGAAUAGUGAUAGCUCAUUUUGAUGUGAGCUUAGCUGCUAAAGUCUUCUGCUGUGUGUAUAAUCUCAGCAUGUAUGGCCAAAAGUACCAGUGGAUUCUGCCGGGCUGGACCCAAUCCAGCUGGUGGACUGACACUGACUCCACAACCUGUACAGCGGGAAACAUACUGACUGCCAUAGAGGGAUCCAUCAGUGCAGAUAUUGAGACUCUUAGCACCAGAAACAUUAGAGGGAUCUCUGGUAGGACACCUCAGGAGUACGAGAAGGAGUAUGACGAAAGACGACAGCUGAAGUAUCUGGGAGCCAGCAAGUUUCAUGGCUUUGCUUAUGAUGGUACUUGGGUAAUUGCCAAAGUUUUAACGAGAGUCAUGGAGACUGUGAGGUACAGAGAGAGAUACAGCAUCCAUCGCAACUUUACUGUCACUGAGCAAGAAGUGGGACGGAUGAUUCUGGAGGCCAUGGAAGAGAUCAACUUCUUUGGUGUGACAGGUCACAUUAUGUUCCAAAACGGUGAAAGAAUGGCCAAUGUUUUGUUUGCUCAGUGUCAAGAUGGAAUGGCUGUCAAUAUUGAAAAAUAUAGUGCCAUUACAGACGAACUAGAGUUCAUCAGUCCAAUCAGAUUUCAAAGGGAUAAACCCACAAAGGACCGAACCAAUGUUUACCCUCACAAGAAACGCAUCAAUAUAUUUCUCUACGGUAUUGUGGCGUUUCUAAAUUUCUUGGGAAUUUUUACAGCUUGUAGUUUCCUGGUCUUCAGUGUGAAACACCGCACUCAUUGGGCCAUUAGCAUGUCAAGACCUUUUAUGAACGCUUUGAUUAUUUUUGGCACUGUGUUGUCUUAUUCCUCCAUUUUCUUCAUGGGACUAGAUGGGUCUUAUGUUUCCGACAGAGUGUUUGACGUUUCUUGCUCUGUGCAAAUAUCAUGUUUAUCUAUUGGAUGUACAGCAGCUUUUGGGGCAAUGUUUGCAAAAACAUGGACAAUUCAUUCAUUAUUCAAAAACCACAGCAGUGAAAAAAAGGCCAUGAAGAACUAUGGGCCGGUUCUCCUUGUUAUGUUUCUUUUGUUAAUUGACCUGAGUUUAUUAAUUUGUCAGCAAAUUUUGGAUCCUUUGAAAAGAACAGUGAAGGAGUAUCAUAUAGUGGCUGAUCCUCAUGGGCAAGAUUUUUUUAUUCAGCCCUUUUCAGAGCGAUGUGAAAACACAUACAUGGGUUUCUGGAUGACUGCAUUCUACGUCUAUAAGGGGAUAAUCCUGCUGAGUACAUGUUUCCUGGCAUGGAUCACACGCCACAUGAACAUCCCUGCCGUAAAUGACAGCAGGAGUAUCCGAAUCAGUGUGUUUGUGUCAGUCCCAGUGAUUCUGAUUGGUACAUGUGCAUCCAUGCUGUGGCAGGACCAGCCAAAUGUGCAGUUCUGCAUUGCGACCCUUGUGAUCAUCACAUGCUGCUGUAGCACUCUUUGUAUGGUGUUUAUUCCAAAGAUUAUUAUAAUAAGGAUGGGUCCUGAUCCUGAAUUCUUGUCGAGGAGGUUCCACCUCACACAGUGGCAUGGCGAAUUAGAAAAGGAGAGUGGACUAUACAAUGAUGAGAGGAACAUUAUGGAGCAGAACAACACAGGAGCAUCUGUCUGCGUGACAGACAUGACACAGAACGUCUCGUCUAGUCUGGACAUUGUACUGUCAGAAAACGUACACCUCAUAUGGCACAUCAAUGAAUUGGAUUCAGAACUGGAGGAUUUAACCAGGCAACUGCAUGAACUGAGCGCUCAUGUUGUGGAGAAUGUCAUCAUCAGAAGUUUUGUGCACAAAGCAGUCAAAGAGAAAUGUCGCACUCUCCCUGAAAGCUCCAACUGUAACAGGAGACUGCUGGAGGACAUUAACUCCCCUGAACACAUUCAGCGCAGGCUGUCUCUGCAGUUACCCAUCCUACAUCAUGCCUAUCUGCCCUCCAUUGGAGGAGUGGAAUCCAGUCCUCUGAAUAGCCCUUUUGAAAGCCCUAUAUACGCCAGUGCCAGGACAUAUGGAGUGCUGGUGACAGGAUUGUGGUUUACUGUACACUAGGAGACAAAAUAAGCAUAUAUAAUAUUUCAAAAUUACCUGUAUAUAUUGUAUAUAUGCAGUAUAUCUGUUAACCUGUAAUGAAACUCACAAUUAUAAUUUAAAUGUAAAAAUUGAAUUAUUUUAAGGUCUAAAAAGAAAGCUGCUUUUUAAUGUCCUGAUUAUAUUUUGAGAACAGAACAGACAAAUAUGUCUCAUGUCAUGUGUAUUUCUAAAACAUUGAGGAAACCUUUGAGAGUGACUGAAUCCAAAACUAUGUACUAUGCACUUUUUUUGUUUUUGUUUUGUUUUUUGUACUGUGUUACACAACGCAGUGCACUGAAGUGUGCUACCCACUCUUUAUUGUCUGUGUUGUUAAGGUCAAGAGGUGUACAGACUAAAACUGAAAGUGAUCACUGCUGACUUUUAUGCAAGUGAAAUUCACACCUUCGUCACUAUAUAAGAGUAAGACUCGUUAAAAGCUCUGUGGUUGUGGUCGAGAGAUCUGACUUUCUGAAACUGUUUCAAAAGACUGUACAGCGGGCAUUUAGAUAGCACUAUAGAUGAGUGGCAUAAGGAACAUGUAUGCCCUAAAUAGUUUGUUAAUUUGCCAGCAAGAUCCUUUGGUGUAAUGGAAUGAUUUUUCAGGAAUCUUAUAAAGAAGUUAUUGGUUUUUAGGACUUAUAUCUUAAUGUCCCUGCCCCAGUCUUUGAAUUAUUAUGAUGAUUGGAUUGGUCCUGGUGAAAUGGGGCAGGUUGCUCUACCUGAAUACAUGAUUUCAAUGCUUUAAGGUUGUCACUCAGGUGCUAUGUAUAAGCACUGCUCAUAAAUAUUUGUAAAAUACAAUGUAUCACUGCCUUAGUUAGACUUUUGAUGACUGCAGCGCCACAAAACACAUUCUAAACAAAGCAGUCAUACUGAAGAU